UUGUUAUCUAUAGCCCGCUUUAUGUAGGGCUAUGGCUGAUGACUCUCGUAGGAAUAGAGGUGUUGAAACAUCAGUCCCAUCUUCAUCGUUUUCACAUACUGCAGAUGGAUUUACACUUUUGGCAGAGGCAAUCAUAAACGACGACUUUGAGAAAGCUUUCGAACUUGUAGCAAUAAAAGCCUUGAAUCUAAAUGAUUUUAAACAAGGACAUAAUCCCGUGUGUCUUGCGUCAAUGGAGGGACGCUACAAAAUACUGAGUUUGCUUCUGGAUCAUGGUGGUGAUGCAGACCACCCAGAUUCUACAGAUCACAUGUGGCUUCGACGACCCAUUCACUUGGCCUCAUCAAAAGGUCAUCUGGAGUGUGUUAAGUGUCUUUUGGAGAAUGGUGUGGAUGUCAAUAGCCGUGAUAGUGACCACCGCACUCCGCUUCAUUGGGCAGCCACGCACGGACACACUCAUGUAGUAGAGUGCUUGAUUGAAAACGGAGCAGCAAUCAAUAUGGCGCAGAUAGAUGGCUUUACACCUUUGCAUGCAGCCACAUGCCUUGGACACACAAAUGUUUGUAGUCUGUUGAUUCGUAAUGGUGCCGAUAUUAACAGGACCGACCGGGACAAUUGGACUGCCUUACAUACAGCUGCAUGUUACGGCUAUGAUGAUGUUGUAGCAUUGUUGCUGGAGGCAGGCGCACAGGUUGAUCAGGAGACAAGUGAUGAAGAAACUGCCUUUCAUAUUGCAUGCAGCAGUGGAAAUGAAACAAUCGCCAAACUUCUCUACCAACGAGGUGCCAAAAUAAAUGCUGCUAACAUAAAUGGCUACACACCUUUUCAUCUUGCUGUUUACUAUAACAAGUAUGAUGUUGCCCGCUUUCUGAUUACCAUAAAUGCAGAUGUAGACACUGUAAAUGCUGUUGGGCAAACGCCUUUUCAACUGGCGGCACUCAGAGGGGAACAAAGGCUUCUUCGGUUGAUGAUUGAGGCAGGUUGCAAAGUUGUGAAUCACUGCACAGCACCAGUGGCUGCAAAACCCAACAGCUUGGCAGAGCAGAUCCAGUAUCUGGCAACCAAUCCACGCUUGCUGAGAGAACUUUGUUGCAUUAAGGUUCGUAAGAUACUUGGUUCAACAAUGAUGGGUGACAUUGCAUUUCUCCCAAUACCAGAGUCUCUAAAAGAUAUCAUUGCCCUAAGACACAUUUGAAAAUUCCUGCUAACUUGCUAUAAAAGUUAGUUUUUCAGCAGUAUUUGCUCAAAAAUGAGCAUUAUAUAAACUGAUUUACAUAUAUAUUGUGCUGCUGCAGACUGUACAGUGACUUGUGACAUUAUACAUUGCUUAGAUUGGAAAUGUUAUUUAUUUUUCUAGGGCUAAAUUUUCCCAGGUUUACUGAUUUUUAUUUGUUGCAAAUAAAUGACACUGACAAGGCU